AGACACUCAGCAGGCAGUGUGCAUGUCACAGAGUUCUGGAAAGCAAGCACGUCGAGGUGAUACCUAACCUGUUUGGAUGCCUGGCAACCCCAUGAACCCUGGGUGUGUCCACAGGGGAGAAAGAAGCUGGAGACAGAGAUAAGAAUCAAGCACUACAAUGACAACCUAUUUGGAAUUUAUCGAACAAAAUGAAGAACGAGAUGGGGUCCGGUUCAGUUGGAAUGUUUGGCCAUCUAGUCGGCUGGAAGCUACAAGAAUGGUUGUUCCGGUGGCAGCCCUGUUUACACCUCUAAAGGAGAGACCCGACUUACCACCCAUUCAAUACGAGCCUGUCCUGUGCAGCAGGACAACUUGCCGAGCAGUUUUGAAUCCUUUAUGUCAAGUGGAUUAUCGAGCAAAACUCUGGGCUUGCAACUUUUGUUACCAAAGGAAUCAGUUUCCACCUACAUAUGCUGGGAUAUCUGAACUGAGUCAGCCUGUUGAGCUUUUACCCCAGUUUUCAAGCAUUGAAUAUGUAGUUCUGCGUGGUCCCCAGAUGCCUUUGAUAUUUCUCUAUGUGGUUGAUACUUGUAUAGAAGAUGAAGAUUUGCAAGCUCUAAAGGAAUCCAUGCAGAUGUCAUUGAGUCUUUUGCCACCUACAGCUUUGGUUGGACUUAUUACUUUUGGGAGAAUGGUCCAGGUUCAUGAACUUGGAUGUGAAGGCAUUUCAAAAAGCUAUGUCUUCAGGGGAACAAAGGAUUUAUCUGCCAAACAACUGCAGGAAAGGCUGGAGCUCUCUAAAGUACCUCUUACUCAAGCUACACGUGGGCCUCAGGUCCAGCUGCCACCUUCUUCCAAUAGAUUCUUACAGCCAGUACAGAAAAUAGACAUGAAUCUCACAGAUCUUUUGGGAGAACUUCAGCGAGACCCGUGGCCUGUGCCACAAGGGAAGAGACCUUUGCGUUCCUCAGGAGUGGCCCUUUCCAUAGCUGUAGGACUACUUGAGUGUACUUUCCCCAACACUGGUGCUCGGAUCAUGAUGUUCAUUGGUGGUCCUGCUACCCAGGGGCCUGGAAUGGUGGUUGAAGAUGAAUUAAAGACUCCAAUAAGAUCCUGGCAUGACAUUGAAAAGGAUAAUGCCAAAUAUGUUAAAAAGGGAACUAAGCACUUUGAAGCACUGGCCAAUCGAGCUGCUACGACUGGGCAUGUUAUUGAUAUCUACGCAUGUGCGUUAGAUCAGACAGGUCUCCUGGAGAUGAAGUGCUGUCCUAACCUUACUGGAGGAUACAUGGUAAUGGGUGACUCUUUCAACACUUCCUUAUAUCCAGCAAACUUGUUGAACAGUUUCCUUCAACGAACUGCACAGCAUUUCUCUGGAGAGGACUCUUCCCUUCAAAAACUUUUGCUCUGGGCUUUUGUCACCUACUACUAUUCCUUCCCAGUUUCUUUCUGUCCACAGAGAGCUUUUGAGUCUCAUUUUUGCUGGCCCGUUCUUCUGGACAGCAGCAGCAUUCUUGCAGAUCGCAUUCUUCUCAUGGACACUUUUUUCCAGAUUUUGAUUUAUCAUGGUGAGACUAUAGCACAGUGGCGGAAGUCAGGAUACCAGGACAUGCCAGAAUAUGAGAACUUCCGGCACCUUCUGCAAGCCCCAGUAGAUGAUGCCCAGGAGAUUCUUCACUCCAGAUUUCCAAUGCCGAGAUACAUUGACACCGAGCAUGGUGGAAGCCAGGCACGUUUACUACUUUCAAAGGUGAACCCUUCACAGACUCAUAAUAACAUGUAUGCCUGGGGGCAGGAGUCUGGAGCACCUAUUCUCACAGAUGACGUUAGUUUACAAGUGUUUAUGGAUCAUUUGAAGAAACUUGCUGUGUCAAGUGCUGCUUGACAUGCCAGACGUGUUAGACACUCAAGGUGAAAUGCUAUUCCAGGUUCUUUUGCUUUUCCAUUUAUCUGUGGAAGCAACAGAGAUCUCUCUCCAAAUCUGUUUUGUGGCAGUAUGAUCUGAAGUGACAUAUGAACAAAUAUCUAUGAUUAAGCUGAAAUAUAAUAAGAGCAAUGAGAACAAGUUGGUUUUGCUUGGUACAGUAUUAUAACUGGUUUUUAUAAAUUUGAGGUCUUUAUGAUUUAAUAUGUUUAAAGAGUUAGAAUGGUCUGCUUUGUAUUACAGAUAGCACUUAUUUGUAUACUGCAGACAGAUCCAAAGUGGCACUGGGUAUCCUCACUGACCUGUUAGGAAUAUUUAAUAGCAGCCAGAAAGGAACAAAUUAGUAGUCAUGGCAUAUGAAGAGUUUGCUUCUUUGUCAAGUAAUUUUUCUGUGUUUUUUUUUUUAGCACACAUGUAUACCCUAUUCUGUAUUUGUAAAGUGGAUUUAUUUGUGUGAUUUAUUUAGGAAUUAUUUGACUUUAUAGUAGUAAUUCUUAUGAAGGGAACUUAAUGUUUUUGGUUACUUGCAAAAAUUAUUUAGAGCUAAAAAAUCUGAGUGAGGUAACAACCUCACAGCUGACAUUAAAUGUGAAAUUCCCACCAAGUACCCAACUCAUGUGACUAACCAGAGUAAUUUUGUAAGGAAGCUAAAAAAAUAAAGCAUGUUGUCAGGGUGAUGAAAAAAUUCUUGGAAGUAAAAAGACUAUUGUAAUUAUUAACCAUAUUUUGUUUUUGUUAUAUCAUUUUGUUGUUUUCCCUUCCUAGAUAAAUUUUCCAUUGUAUCCUUCAGUAUUUUAACACUACUUUAGGAGUUUUCACUUCACUUUUGUUUCAGGUUUCUUCCUUGUGAAAUUUAUUAAUUUGUGGUUCUUACUGAGACAGUAUUAUAUAAUGUUUAGUUAUAUCAUGUGGAGAUAGUUCUAUUUGAUUUAUUGAUUAGUAUCAUUCACUUUUACCUUUAAAGUUUACUUGUAGCAAAUGUUUACAAUGCUAAAGUAGAUAAGUUUGACAAUGAAUUUUAUGUAUCAAGUGCUGCAAAUGCAAGGACAGUAGUGGUGACUGUGAUUGUACUUGCAUGAACACAAUCAGACGAUGGGAAAGCAGGAACAUCUAAUUGUCAUAGUCAAUUGUUGAAAUAAAUUGCUUUGUUCUGUGUUAUUGGAAUUGAACUGUGCUAGGCCAAAAUGCCAAUAAAACAUACCUUUCUCUUUC